GUGCUGACGCCAUCAGACCGCGCUGGGCAGCUAUCUGCGCAGUUGUGUUUUAUCGGAUUUGCGGAGUUGUCGCUGCUCUAAGUGAAAUAAAGUUCAGGACGUCUGUUUGCAGCCCCGUGAGGAACUCUGAGUUCAGCAGCGGGACCAAACAGGCACGGUCCGAGUCAGAUCAAGGACCCGAGUCGUAGUUCGUUGUUUUCUUUCUGACGCAGCUAGCAGUUAGCGUCGUUAGCUCAGGUGUGUGCUCGAUUUUUGUCUCUCAGAUGGAAUAUCCCGGAGGAGGGGGGGCGGUGCUGAGCAGCGGGAACGUCCCGGCCUUCCUGACCAAAUUGUGGACCCUGGUGGAGGACCCGGACACCGACCCGCUCAUCUGUUGGAGUCCGAGUGGUACCAGUUUCCAUGUGUUCGACCAGGGGCGGUUUUCCAAAGAAGUUCUCCCAAAGUUCUUCAAGCACAACAACAUGGCCUCUUUUAUCCGCCAACUCAACAUGUAUGGUUUCCGUAAGGUGGUGCACAUUGAGCAGGGUGGUCUGGUGAAACCAGAGAGAGAUGACACAGAGUUUCAGCACCCAUUCUUCAUCAGAGGACAAGAACAUCUGCUGGAGAACAUCAAACGCAAAGUCACCAACGUGUCAUCAGUGCGUCAGGAUGAUGCGAAAAUCUCAGCAGAGGAAGUGAAUAAGAUCCUGAACGAUGUCCAGUUGAUGAAGGGAAAACAAGAAACCAUCGACUCCAGGAUCGUCACAAUGAAACAUGAGAACGAGGCUCUGUGGAGAGAGGUGGCCAGUCUGAGACAGAAACACACUCAGCAGCAGAAAGUUGUCAACAAGCUCAUACAGUUCCUGGUGUCUCUCAUUCAGUCCAACAGACUGCUAGGAGUCAAGAGGAAGAUUCCUCUGAUGCUCAACGACUCUGGCAACACCCACUCAAUGCCCAAAUAUAGCCGUCCCUUCUCAUUGGAGCAGGCUGCAGCCAAUCUCUUCUCAGCUGACACCUCUGUGACUUCAGGACCCAUCAUUUCUGACAUCACAGACAUGGCCACAUCUGGUUCAGAUGAAUUGGCUAGUGAUUGGACGGACCAAGGAGAGAGCCAAUCAGUCGAUAUCAAAGAGGAGCCGUCCAGUCCAGAGGUGGAGGUGUGUCCUGUUCUGGAGGAAGUGGCUGCACCAGUGGACACGCCCUUCUCCCCCACCACCUUCAUUAACUCCAUCCUAGAGGAGAAUGAGCCACCCACCCCAGUCACCUCCACGAGCAGUGCUCCCACUGCAGCCAGUCCCAUUGUGGUGAUGAGCCCCGUCUCCACUGGCCCCCUGUCUUCUGCCUCAUCCACCCAAUCACUCACCUCUGUUACCACAGCAAACACAGCCCCCAGCACAACAGCACCUCAGAAGAAAUGUCAAGCCAUCGCCUGUAUUGACAGACCACGCCCCAUUCCCUCUGCAGGUGGACUCCCACCUGAUGUUUGGCGGUUCCUCUCAGCACAACCUGACAAGUCUGAGCUUUUGGAUCAUGUGGAUACUAUCGACAGCGGCUUAGAGAACCUGCAGAACAUACUCAACACACAGACGUUCUCCUUGGAUACAGUUCCAUUUAUUGAGUUUUUCAGUUCAUCUGGCUCGCCUGCAGACUUUGACCUCGACAGUUUGGACAACCUGCUGUCUGAUGAAGCUCCUAAGGGAAGUGAAGAAAGCGGAACGGGAAAGCAGCUGGUUCAGUAUACACCUGUCCAAACGUCUGAAUCUGACAGCGGGGCUGACCUGCCAGCGCUGCUGGAGUUGGAAACUGAGCCAUUUCUCAGCUCUGACCCCCACACCGAGGACCCAGGCAUCACCUUGUUGAACCAUGGCAAUCUGGACUCCAACCUCUGACCUCUCGAGUAACCAUAGCAAUGUGACACCUGAGCACUGACUCAGUUGCAGCAAUAGAUGAGAACAGUCGAUAGGUCAAAGGUUGUGUUUUUAUUACACAGAUGUUAUUGAUAUUAAUCUGUCUUCUUCUUCUACUCUUGUUCUUUUCUUCUUUGUUGAAGCUUAAAUGGAAGCCUUUGUUGCUGUUGAAUGCAUGUUGAAGUCAGAUUUUAUGGUCGUCUUUAUUUUCUUGUGUAAAAUAGAUUGAAAAGAAUCAGAAUAUUUUUGGAGUUUUAUCAACAAGUGCUGUGCGACCUGACUGACUGCCCACCCAUAUGAAAGAGCCAUGUGGAUCAGUGUUAUUUCUCAUUAGUUUGUUUCCAUCAGUUUAUAUUACUAUUAUAUUCAGUUAGUUCCCGAAACAUGAGUUCACAUCACUGCUCACUGCUGUGUCCCCAUGUUUCAGAAAUAAUGCAGAGACAUGUCUGAGAUGGUAUGAGCGCCUUUUUUGACUUGUAUAUUAGAGAUGCUUUGGAUCAGAUUUGAGAUUCUUGUCUGCAGAAGCUUCAUGGAUGGAACUCUGAAGGUAACCAAAUGAUGGUCCGUGCUGCCAAUUGUGUUUGUGUUUGCAAGGCCAGUUUAAGGAAACUUUGUUUGAAUUUGUCGGGGUUGCACGUUGUUAUGUCAUCAGACACAGGGUUAACAUUCCUCACAGCUUCACUUGGUUAAAGUUUAAACAAAGGCCGAGAUCUUAACCACAUCUCAGGCUCAGUGCUGUGAUACAGGGCUCAUCUGUGAUGUCGUCAUUCUUACUGAGCAGCUUUUCUGUAUGCUAAGUCACCUGUGGCUCACCUGAACCAGUCGUCUCUUUGAUGGCUAAGAAACACCUGAAGUCCUGAGGAUAUUUUAUUGGUCACAUGGUCAGAGCUGAACAAACAGAAAGCUCCCUUCAGUAUUAACACAUCUGUUAAUAUAGUACAAUUAUAUUUAAGGCAAGUGGUAAAUCCACCCGAGUCCUCCAGGCUAACAUGAUGGCGCUCCACGUGUAGAGAGGACAAAGACGGGGUCAAAGGGCAGAUGAAAUGUUGAUGUAUUCUGAGUGUAAAAUUUUGAUUCAAUAAAAUGUUUUUAAACAGCA